AAGAAAUAUAAAUAGAGUAGUCAAUCGGAAUUCAAACGCCUCCGUCAGACUUGGAUUCGAUCGAAAUCGAACUAGAGACCGCGCCGGACGGAGAUGGCGAUACUCUACGCCGUUGUUGCUCGCGGCACCGUCGUCUUGUCCGAGUUUAGCGCCGUCAGCGGAAACACAGGCGCCGUGGCUCGCCGGAUCUUAGAGAAGCUUCCGCCCGACUCCGAUUCCAGGGUUUGCUUCUCCCAGGAUCGGUACAUCUUCCACAUACUCACCUUGGAUGGCCUCACUUUUCUCUGCAUGGCCAACGACACUUUCGGCAGGAGGAUACCGUUUGCGUACUUGGAGGAUAUUCAUAUGAGAUUCAUGAAAAACUACGGCAGAGUUGCGCCUUAUGCGCCUGCUUAUGCCAUGAACGACGAGUUUUCGAGGGUGUUGCAUCAGCAAAUGGAGUUUUUCUCCAGCAAUCCCAGUGCCGAUACUCUCAGCCGCGUGAGAGGGGAAGUCGGUGAGAUACGAACCAUAAUGGUCGACAACAUAGAAAAGAUAUUGGAGAGAGGCGACCGAAUUGAACUUCUUGUUGACAAAACUGCAACUAUGCAAGACAGUGCAUUUCACUUCAAGAAACAGUCAAAACGCCUUCAUCGGGCUCUGUGGAUGAAAAAUGCCAAACUCUUGGCCCUGUUGACAUGCUUGAUUGUUGUGUUCCUGUACAUUAUCAUUGCUGCUUGUUGUGGAGGAAUCACACUACCGUCCUGCAGAUCAUGAUUAAUUCACUUCAUGUGAAUUUCUGCCGGAGUAUGCAACAAAGACUGUUAAAACGAUCCAUGUCAGUCUAUAAUCAAAGUGGUUUCAGUGCUUGAUGGUUCACAUUUUUUGAGGUGUAUAUGGAAGUAAAUUAUUUGCAGCUUGCAAUGUUUUCAUUCAAGUUGCAUUUGGAGUGUCUGGUUCUCUCGAAAAGCUUGUGCAGUUGUUCUUACGGUGUCACAUUAUAAUAUCAUCUCUGUAUUCAUUAAACACUUGGAUAUUGACAAAGAGCAUACUUAUUAUGAAUGGAAUCUUAAAACGCCGCUAGUUGUAUCUA